AUGACAGACGCAAAAUCCGAGAAAAAUGUCGAGGAACAGAUGAAGGAUGAGGGAAAGAAAGACCAGUGGUGGGCGGCUUUCCCAGAACCGAAAGCUUCUGUUCCUGAGAUCACAGGAGAUGACCUUUAUGAGAUGUUCGAUGAAAUGGAUAUCAAGCCGGAGCCGCGAUCAUUCUUGCUGGUUGACGUUCGACGCACCGAUUGGGAGUUCGAUGAAGAGAGGAAGGAUGUUGCACAUGGUGGGGUGAGAUAUCAGUCAUUGACGAGGGGUACACAGGGCGGAACUAUCAGGACAUCAAUCAAUCUGCCAGCACAGAGUUUUUAUCAGAGUCGCAAAACACUUGUAGACCUAUGUGAUCGCGCCGAGAUCAAGACAGUUAUUUUCUAUUGUGCAACUUGUCAUGCAGGAGCCAGUAGCGGACGCGGUCCAAGAUGUGCCAACUGGAUGCAAGAUUAUAUCAACGAUGUCUCCAAGUUUGGACGCAGAAGCGCUCUGAAAGUAAAGAUCUUGAAGGGCGGUAUCAAAGGCUGGGUGAAGGAGUAUGAAGGGAGCAUGAUGGAUGGGUUUCAGGAGGACUACUGGAAGCAAUUCAAGGACCAAGCAAAGGUCGAGAGCAAGUAA